AUGGGGCCCCCGGGCAAUAGGGGAUCAUGGGGCCCCUGUGUCCUUGCCCACACUCAAAAAAAGCCUAUGAAGGGGAGGAGCUUACCAGGCUGCAGCUUCUCCUUUCACUGCUGAUAGGAGGAGAGAGCAGAGUGACAGAGAGGAGGAGCUCACCAGGUUGCAGCUUCUCCUUCAGGGGCAAACUGACAACUCAUGGGGCCCCCGGGCAAUAGGGGAUCAUGGGGCCCCUGUGUCCUUGCCCAAACUCAAAAAAGCCUAUGAAAAAGGUACCAGGGACAUCUCAUGGGGCCCCCUACUGACCCCCAGGCCCUUGGGCAGUGCCCGAGUUUUCAAAUGGUCAGUCCGCCCCUGUUCUCCU